AUGGAUUCUGCACAGAAAAGAAAUAUCCCUAUUUCUGAAGGUGCUUUGAUUCCAUCAGCUGAUCCUGUUGUUCCAGAAAACGCCAAUGAUCUUCAAGAAGUCCCAGGGGAAGCAUAUGUUACUCCUCCCGUUCAAACAUCAGUGUCUUCAUCAAAAACCCCUGAUGAUGGAUCCCAUAUUACAAUUCCUUCUGUGAAUUCAACUGCUCAAAGUGGAACUCCUGCUGUUACUCCUCCAAUCCCACAACUUGCUGAACAAAGGUAUAUUGUGGACAUCAAUGGGUUGGUGCCAACCAAAACCAUACAUUUCAACAUUGUCGUUCGUGUGAUGACUAUAUGGAAAAUGUAUGAUACUCAAAACAAGAAGGAUGGUUCCAAGAUCCAGGCUACCAUACCUGCUCGAAUCAUGAAAGAUUUUGUAAAGUACUUUAAAGAUGAAGGUGUUUGCAGGAGGCUGUCACGUUUUGAUCACUGUCUUAACAUAAAUGGAGGUUACCGUUGCUCCAAACACGAGUAUAAAAUUGUGUUUGGAUCUGACACUUUGGUUGAACAAGCUGUUGACCUUGACAUACCUAAUAAUGUAUUUGAGUACACUCCUUUUGCAGAAAUUACGAAUUUUGUUGCCAACUUUGACUAUUGUUGUGAUUUGAUAGGACACAUAAUUGGCUACAGUGAUCCUAUUGUUGAAAAGGGUAAGAAGAGGAUUUCUGUGCAACUGGAGGAUGAAAGAGCUGACACGUUAAAGGUUACUCUUUGGGAAGAACACGCUGACCGUGUUCUCAAUUGUAUGAAUAAUGAACCCGAAUAUCCUGUUGUUUUGAUUGUGCAGUAUGUCAAGUGUAAAAAGUACUAUUCCAAAGUUUCAGCUACAACCAACCUAUUUAAUGGCAGGAUAUACCUCAAUGAUAUGAACAUUGCUGACAUAUACGAGUACAAACACAGGAUGGAGCAAGAAGAGAUAAAAAGUGCAAGAAUCCAGAAGAUCUCCCUGCUGUCUUCAAUUUCAGGUUACACAACGUUUGAAGACUUUGUCCGUGAUGCAGAGAUGCUAACUUUGUCUGGAAUUAGCGAAUUGGAUCAGAUACUUAGCAGUAACCUCACUGCAAUUUUAAGACAUGUUGGACAGCAAAUCAUGAUUGAACCAUCGGUUACUUUAGGGGGUGAACCUGUAGGUUUUGAAGGCAAAAUGUGGGCAGAAUUUCAUGAUCUUUACUUUAAUCAUCUACGAGGUGUAAAUGAUAUAUCUGCUUCGGAUUCAUCUGAAGGUGAAGUUGACACAAUUGACUACAUACGAUCUAAUAGUGAUCAGAAUACUUUCAACGAAGUCAUGAACACUGAUGUCAUUCAACGUGGUAGAUUGGAAAUACCAUGGCACAUUGUCAGAAGACUUGAUAUUCAAGACUACAAUAGUUUGAUCAUAUACUACGAUGAAGAACCUGUUAUCAGAAUGGGUCGUGUCUAUUUAUCUGAUUAUCCUAAUCGCUUCAUUGUCGAAGGAGACAUUGAGUACAUGAUGGGUUUAAAAAGGAUCCCUACUGGUAUCAAGCUCGGUUUUCAUAUAGAUGCAAGAAAGGCAGUUAAUAAGGAACAUUUAAUCUUGGAAGUACUGUAA